GGCAGCGCCGCGCCAGAGGUGGCCUCUCGAGUCGUGAACGUGGCCUUCGGUUCCUCCGAUCCCUCCCUCCCUCUCCAACCCCCGCGGCGCCUUCUCUCUUACCAGCCGCCGCCGCCGCCGCCGCCCCUGCCCCAGGAGGCUCAACUGCCGGCUACGCCGUCGCUUCCUGGGCAUCUCGGUAGCCCUCUCCGCCCGCCCUCGCCUCCAGGUCGGGGGCCGCCGCCUGGGGCGCGCGCGCGCCCUCGACCCCAUACGGCCGCCGGCAUCUGGUGGAUGCGCCGCCGCCAUUGCCGCGGGUUCCUUCUCGCUGCCGCCGCCGCCGCGCCGUCAUUCAUGGCGAGGCGUCGCCGGGAAAGACUAGAGCUUUAAUCCAUGCUAUUCAACAUCCCGCACUGCAAAUCACAAGCUCCAGUAGCCGCCGCCGCCGCCGCCGCUAUCCCCAGCCGCUUCUUGUCCUCCUCCCUGCCGGCGCUGGUCCCGCCGCCUCCGCCUCUGCCCGAGGAGAACCCGUUCGCCGCGCUCCUCGCCUCUGACCCCCCACCCCCGGAGCCUCUCCGUCUGGUGCUCGCCGCGGGCGACGUUCGCUCCGCGCUCCGCGGCCUCCCGGGCCUCGCGCGCCAGCUCUUCCGGUGGGCGGAGGCCACCCCGCGGGGCUUCCCGCGCACCGCCUCCGCGUUCGCCGACGUCCUCGUCCCGCUCGCCCAAGCCAACCACCUCCGGGCCGCCUACCCCGUCUCCCUCCGCGCCCUGCACCUCGGCCUCCUCCUCCCCCUCGUGUCCCUUCUCCUGUCCGCUCCACACUCUCCCUCCAGCCGGUCCCUGCUCAACCUCCUCUUACGCUUGUCCACCAAGUUCCCAGCCCAAUGCGGAGCUCAGGACCCCGCGCCCACCACCUGUUCGACGCUGUGCCUUGCCGCCUUCCGCGAGAUGGCGUGCCACGGUGUAGCCCCUGAUGUCAAGGACUGCAACCGCGUGCUGCGCGUGCUUCGUGAUGCAGCCAGGUGGGACGACGUUUGUGCUGUGUAUGCAGAGAUGCUCCACCUUGGGAUUGAGCCAAGCAUUGUGACCUACAAUACUUUGCUGGAUUCUUUCUUGAAGGAGGGAAGGAAGGACAAGGCUGCCAUGCUGCUGAAGGAGAUGGAGAGGCAGGGGGGUGAUAGCUUUCUGAAUGAUGUCACAUAUAAUGUGAUGGUUAGUUGGCUGACCAGGGAAGGUGAACUGGAGAAGGCGGCAAGGCUGGUUGACAGCAUGCGGUUGUCCAAGAAAGCUUCAUCGUUUACUUACAGCCCACUUAUCACAGCAUUGCUUGAAAGGGGUUUUGUGCAAAAGGUUGAAGCUUUGCAGGUGGAGAUGGAGAAUGAGGGCAUUAUGCCUACAGUGGUCACAUACAAUGCUAUUAUUCAUGGGCUGCUUAAAACUGGGCAGGUAAAGGCUGCGCAGCUGAAAUUUGUGGAAAUGAGGGCGAUGGGCUUAAUGCCAGACUUGAUCACAUACAAUUUGUUGAUAAAGGGUUAUUGUAAGGCAGGCUAUUUGAAGGAGGCAUUUUGGUUGCUUGGUGAUUUGAGACGUGCAGGGCUGGAACCAACAGUUUUGAAAUAUAACAUUCUUAUGGAUGGUUAUUGUAGAUUAGGUGAUUUAGAAGAAGCUAGGAGAUUGAAAGAGGAAAUGGUAGAGCAGGGCUGUUUGCCAGAUGUUUGUACAUAUACAAUUCUCAUGAAUGGUUCAUGCAAGGUGAGGAGCCUUGCUAUGGCAAGAGAGUUCUUUGAUGAGAUGCUGAGCAAAGGUUUGCAGCCAGACUGCUUUGCCUAUAAUACAAGGAUUUGUGCAGAGCUAACCCUAGGGGCUAUUUCCAAGGCUUUCCAGUUGAAGGAGGUGAUGGUGUUGGAAGGAGUAUAUCCUGAUACAGUCACAUACAAUAUUCUUAUUGAUGGAAUGUGCAAGACUGGUAACCUGAAAGAUGCCAUAGAUCUGAUGAUAAAGAUGGUCAAUGAUGGUUUACAGCCUGAUUGUAUCACAUAUACCUGCUUGAUUCAUGCGCAUUGUGAAAGAGGACUCCUAAGAGAAGCAACAGAACUUCUUGAUAACAUGAUCUCAGAUCGUUUUAAACCCUCAGCUGUGACCUACACCGUUUUAAUUCACGCAUACUGUAGAAGAGGAAACCUUUAUUCAGCAUAUGGUUGGUUUCGACAGAUGCUGGAGGAAGGAGUUGAGCCUAAUGAAAUAACAUAUAAUGUGCUCAUACAUGGACUAUGCAGGACAGGCAGAACUCAACUGGCUUAUCGUCAUUUCCAUGAGAUGCUGGAAAGGGGAUUAAUGCCAAACAAAUAUACAUAUACUUUGUUGAUAGAUGGGAACUGUAGAGAAGGCAAAUGGGAAGAUGCAAUGAGAUUGUAUUUUGAGAUGCAUCAGAAUGGUAUUAGUCCAGAUCAUUGCACACAUAAUGCCUUGUUUAAAGGAUUUGAUGAAGGCCGCAUGCACCGCACAAUUGAGUACUUGGAGAAUAUUGUUUUGAGUGAGUAGAUUGGUCUCCCUGAAAGAUUGACCUAUUGUCCUUGCUUUGCGGAUAUGUCCUUGGUGGUGCAUGGCUGCUGCAGAAGAAGGGAGCCACCUCUGGAUCAUCCACAGGUAAAGCAAGGAUGUGGCAGCAGGGAAUGAGGACCUACAACUACAUCUACAUCUUGCAACGAGAGAAGCAGGAGCAGCAUUUGACCUAUUGGAAGACUGAUUCUGAUGAGAGCAUCAAGUUUGACCUACCAGAGAAGACAUCUUUCCUGUCAAGCUUCAUUUGAAGAAAAGAUGAAGUGAACGAAAGUGCUCUGAAGCGGUCGAUCAGGAUCAAGAGCGACCACAACGACGUGUCAGGAAGGCAGGCUGGCAUCCAGAUCAAUCCAUGGGCGUUGAUCAAGGUGAGCAAGGAGAAGGCGACCGUAACCGCCGAGCGCACACGUGAGCGGAUCAGACAGAUGCUGCCAACAUCACCGCUUGCUGUGUUGUCGACGCGGCUGUUGCCAGCCUCCACCUGGCGAUGCCCCUUGCCCCUGGUGCCUCUGCAUCUUGAAAGGAUGUUUCGGAUUUGAAUGUACCUCUAUUUCCAACGUCUGAUUAUAGUAGGCACGAUUCUAAGGUUGCUUUCUUGCUUCUGAAUGCUGGCUGUCCGUUACAACAUCUCCGUGAUCAGAUUGGUGAAGAGGAGAUGAUACAA